AGUACUAGACCCCAGUCGGCGUAGACUCAGACGGCCAUGGCGCUACCUGAGAUCGUGACAGUCGAUGCUAUCCUUUUCGAUUUGGAUGGGACCCUCAUAGAUUCCACUCCUGGCGUCAUUUCAGCCUGGAAAACGUUCGCGGAGGAAUACAAACUUGGAUCGCAUCUUCCAAUCGUGCAGAAAACUCAUGGACGGAGACUUGCUGAUACCCUGAAGGACGAGACGGUAUGCAAUAUCCAGGACACAGAACUUUUGAAUAGCGAAAUUUUGCGCUUCGAGGACCUAGUAAUCCAGGGUAGCCCAGUGGCCCUCGAAGGCGCCAUCGAAUUCUUGACUCAGCUCAACUCCCAUAAUGACAUGUGCACGAGGUGGACAAUUGUCACAUCAGCCUCGAGGUAUUACGCAAGUCAAUGCAUACCAAAGUGCAAAAUUCCCGUGCCUACGUCAGGGUUUGUGACGGCAGAUGAUGUCAGUGAAGGCAAGCCAAAGCCCACACCGUAUCUUGAGGGAGCAAAGAAACUUGGGGUUGAUGUGACUAAGUGUCUUGUCAUCGAGGAUGCACCAUCCGGAGUGCAAGCAGGAAAUAGUGCCGGUGCAAAGACGCUUGCAGUUUGCACCUCCCACAAACGCGAGGACUUUGAGAACUGUUCAGAGGAAAUAAAGCGCCCCACAUAUAUCAUUGAUGAUCUAACUACAGUAGGCGUGAAUUGGGAGAAUGGCAAGAUUCGACUCACGAUCGAUACCCGUAGAGGACUUGAUGGAUCAGCAAUUUUGUAGACAGACACUCCCACCAAGUAGCGGUUUCAGGAAUCUUCAGGCUCUAAGGCAUGAUAAUAUUCAAAACGGGAGGGUGCUUACCAAUGGCCCACAGAAGCUGCCUCAUCGUGACGAACAAGCAAUGGCUUUCGCAGAGUUGCCGGAACAAUAACUCUGGUAAAAGAUACUAGAGUGAACAAUACUUAAGUUGCCCUCGCUUGCAGUGACACUUACCUCCUUGUGAUGC